CUGUGAAAGUAACCUAUAUUUGCGCUAAGGUAAUAGCCAAGUGGUUAUUCAAUGAGUCUGCGUUACAUAACAGUUACAGUAUUGCAGUAGAGAUGAAUGAACUGUGCAACCGAAGGUCUAUACUAGUCCACGAUUCACAAGAGUCUCGUCUUUGAAAGGUAACUUUACUUUAACUGGAAAUCGAAGGGUUGUGACAUUUGUAGCCUAUACUACGCUAUAACCACAUCCACAUGAAAUAGUCUGGUCAUUCUUGUGUUCAUUGUAGCCUACUCAGUAGCUUCAUGUAGCUAGAGUAGACUAAUGUGGAUGCAAUGUAACCUUUUCUUUGCUAAUGAUAAUGGAAAUGUAUAUAGCAAUCGCAGACACAUGACCAUUGUUGAUGCUGAUUUCUAUGAGUAGGGUAGGUUGCAUCACCCGGUAGCGGUUUUGUCAAGUCCAUUUGAACCGCAGCAGACGAGUGUGAAAAGUGCUUUCGUCAGACCCUGCUGAUUGAUGACGGGGUCGUCUUGCUGAGUACAGUCUGAUUAAGACCUUGGCCUGAUAUUACAGAACAUUAUAACCGUACCUAAACUACAAUUUAAAAUGACCUCUGAGCAAUUUAGGUGUAAUGUUCCUCUGCACUGUAAACCACUUACGAAUGAAUAAUAUCAGUUUCUAAUGAUCCUGUUAUGGUGCAUUGUGAGACCGAUCCAAUAAUAGAAGCACCUUGGGCCUCAGACCCCCAAAAUAACCCGCAGCUGUAACGUGACGCGGCAUAGACAGAAACUUCUGUGUCAUUCUCCGUGUCACUCACAGAAUAAUUAAUAUUAGUCUCUUGGAGGCUAACUGAAACCCCUUGCUGAAGUGGACAGUCCUAACAUAGCCUAUGCCUAUUGACGUUGACGUUGUUUUUUAUGAAUGAAGUUCCCAUGUAUUUCUGGGAUUGUUUAGUUUUUGUCUCAAGCAAAGUGUUCAUUGUAUUUUUUCAGCAACUUUAGACCUAGUGUUUUCGCUCGUUCUGUAGCUCUAAAUGGGGGACGGUUAAAUUCCAGCCACUUUGUUGACAUUUUUGCGCAAACACUCCUGCGCCAGUGCAAACUCCACAGGCAAUACAGAAAUAAUAUAAAUAGUAUUAUAUAGUAACCGUAAUAUAUCUAGAAUUUUGCACUGUAAUAUGCCGUUUCGGUAAAAAAAAAAAAAUCUAUGUAAGGUGGCAUUCAGUUAAGCUCUGCAAGCAUGGGUUGUCACCUGCUGUAAGACCCAAGUAAAUUCCGUCUCCUUGGAAACUACCACUGCUUGGAGGCUAUUUCCACCAUUUUCUAGGCGUGAGGCCCCAGUUGAUGGAUUCUGACAUGGACUAUGAGAGACCAAACGUUGAAACUAUCAAGUGUGUGGUGGUUGGGGACAACGCUGUAGGGAAGACGCGCCUCAUCUGUGCCCGUGCCUGCAAUGCCACCCUCACCCAGUACCAGCUCCUUGCCACUCAUGUACCGACAGUAUGGGCCAUAGACCAGUACAGAGUAUGCCAAGAGGUUCUGGAACGUUCCAGGGACGUGGUGGAUGAUGUAAGUGUGUCCCUGCGGCUAUGGGACACUUUUGGUGACCAUCACAAGGAUCGGCGCUUUGCCUAUGGCAGGUCUGAUGUGGUAGUGCUGUGCUUCUCCAUUGCCAACCCCAACUCUCUGCACCAUGUCAAAACCAUGUGGUACCCUGAAAUCAAGCACUUCUGCCCCCGAGCACCUGUCAUUCUGGUGGGCUGUCAGCUUGACCUGCGGUAUGCCGACCUAGAGGCAGUGAACCGAGCACGACGUCCACUGGCAAGACCGAUUAAAUCCCAUGAAAUCCAGGCCCCUGAGAGGGGCCGUGAAGUGGCCAAGGAGAUCGGGGUGCCGUACUAUGAGACAAGCGUGGUGGCGCAGUUUGGGGUGAAGGACGUUUUCGACAACGCCAUUCGCGCAGCCCUUAUCUCGCGGCGCCACCUACAGUUCUGGAAGUCGCACCUGCGCAACGUGCAGCGGCCGCUCCUGCAAGCGCCCUUCCUGCCCCCGAAACCUCCGCCGCCCAUCAUCACCAUCCCGGCGCCGCCCUCCUCCAUCGAGGAGCACCCCAGCCGUCUACUGGAGGACCCGCUGUGCGCCGACGUCAUCCUGGUCCUCCAGGAGCGCGAGCGCAUCUUUGCCCACCGCAUCUACCUGGCCACCGCCUCCUCCAAGUUCUAUGACCUCUUCCUGAUGGACGUACGGCCCGAGGAGCCGGAGAGGCCCCACCCGCGGCCCCCUGCCACCCUCUCCGGCCGCGAGCUGCUGAUGCGCGCUGCCAGCUUCGACGUGUACGAGAGCACCGUGGAGGGCGACAGGGCCAACCUCCGGGCCUGCACUAGCGAUGGGACCUUGAAGCGAGGGGAGGAAGAGGAGCGGAUGGGAAGGGGCAGGCUGCUCUCGUCCAUGAGCAGGGCCUUCCUUAGCAUCCAGGAGGAGCUGGUGGAUGACCCCGUCACCUACAACCCAAGGCCCAUGACGGUGGUGCACAUGGACCCGUCCAUGCAGCCAGGGCCCUUCAGGGCCGUCCUGCGCUACCUGUACACGGGCCAGCUUGACGAGCAUGAGAAGGGGCUGAUGCACAUCGCUCACAUCGCCGAGCUGCUGGAGGUGUUCGACCUGCGCAUGAUGGUGGCUAACAUCCUCAACAACGAGGCUUUCAUGAACCAGGAGAUCACUAAAGCCUUCCACGUGCGACGCACCAACAGGGUUAAAGAGUGCUUGGCCAAAGGCACCUUCUCUGACGUGGCGUUCAAGUUGGACGAUGGAACCAUCAUGGCCCACAAGCCCUUGCUGAUCUCCAGCUGUGAUUGGAUGGCUGCUAUGUUUGGAGGGCCUUUUGUGGAGAGCUGCACUAAAGAGGUAUUAUUCCCCAACACCACCACUAGUUGUAUGCGGGCUGUGUUAGAGUACCUCUACACUGGGGUAUUUUGCUCCCGUGCAGACCUAGAUUCUAUGGAGCUCAUUGUUCUCGCCAACCGCCUUUGCCUGCCACACCUGGUUGCCCUUACAGAACUUUACACCGUGACAAUACUGAGGGAGGCUGCCAUGAUGGGAGUUGACAUAGAUGGAGACGUACUGUUGAAUUUGGAGGUGGCUCAGUUCCAUAGCGCUCAUCAGCUGACUAGCUGGUGCCUCCACCACAUCUGUACCAACUACAACAGUGUUUGCCGCAAGUUUCCCCGUGACAUGAAAGCCAAGUCUGCAGAGAACCAGGAGUACUUUGAGAAGCAGCGCUGGCCUCCGGUGUGGUACCUGAAAGAGGAUGACCACUACCAGCGUGCUCGAAAAGAGCGGGAGAAAGAGGAUUACCUCUACCAGAAGCGGCAAAGCAAACGCAAGUGGCUCUUCUGGAACCUUCCAUCCUCGCCGUCGUCCAGCUCCCCGUCCUCCUCAGGCUCGUCCUCAGCGGUCAUCUGACUGUCUCUCAGGGUGAAGCCCAUGUCUUCUUCAGGGGAUUUCAGAGGCACUUUUGUUUUUCGGUUUAAGGAGUAUCAACAAUCAUAGCCAUUGCACCCCCUCCAGUAGAGGCUCGCCCCCCCCCCCCCCCUCUCCCUACUGUUUGUUUGCUCUUCCAGUUGAGGAGGAGAGAAAAAUAAGCCACAAAGAUUUUUGUGUCUGUCUCACCAGGGUGGCUGGUACCAUUGAAACCCCUGUAUAUACAGCCAUUAAAAGUUAAUCUCACACUGCACUGUUACCUACAGAGGCCAAACAGACAUCUAGGCACACUGCAAAUCAGAACAGUGUUCUCACUGGUUUGGGUUCUACCAGAGGAAGAGAGAGCUGGUCUAUCUCUCCUGACGGAAAUAAAGAGAACUGGUUUAUUGACCUGGCGGUCAUAACUGAAAGCUUACCAGGUGCUUAUCAGCUGCUAUGGACACAUUGAGAAGAGAAACAACAAAUAACCAGCAAUCUCAAACAACAACUACAGCAUAUGAUCUCAGUGAUGAAACAUCAGUUAAGCUUAUCUCUCAGAGUUUGACAUCCUUCAAACCUCAGUAACAGAACUUGCUCUACACGUACAGUGUGUGUUACAAAAGGCUGGUGUUUUCCUUAAAGAAAGGAAGAAAGGAAGCUCUUCAGGUGUCUCACAUGACACACAUCACAUGAAACUGAUAACCGGGGUUAGCAUGUGGGGAUGGGGAGGUGGCACUACCUAGGCCUCCUGUUCAUGUACGUUUUUAUUUCUGGUUAAAACAUACUGUAAGGUAGAUAAGUAUCAUGAUUACGUGAUACAAAAGAUUGGGCUGGGGAGUGUGUUCAAGAGGAUCUCUCUAAACAACAGGUAGGUAAGGUUUCCUUUCGACCACUAGUGUUUUUAUUUUAUCUAUACAAGUCAUAUUCCAUUGCCAGAGAUAGACUCUGUUGACCUGUUUGAGACACUAAACAUUCACUUGUGAAUGAGCUUUUGAAGAUUUAAAAUUUAUUUUCCCCAAAAGGACCUCUGAUAUCUCCCCAUUGCCCCAAACUGAGUCGCUCUCUCCCUUCGCUCUUUGCUGCUGAGUCUUCUCAACCUGACUUGUGGCCUGUCCUAACUUGUUCUGGUUCUAAUGGGUCAUAAUCUAACAUGUGAUAUGGCGGCGUGCAAAUUGGAUAUCUGCUGAUGUGUUUUUCUUGUUGUUGACCCGUCUCAGGUUAGAUUAUAACCCUACGAAUUAUUUAACUCUGACGCACAACAGUCAUUUACUAUUAUUGAUUUUUUUUGUCAAGCAAGAAGUGCACAGGGGACAGUGUUAUCCAUUUCUGAUGUGUGGUACAUGUCUGUAAAGGGCUCUCUUUGUAUAGUGCACUGCUACAGUACACCCACAUCUUUUGAUGUGUUUAUAAGACAGCUGAUGUGUUUAUGAGAGACUUGAAUUGUAGGAAUGGCAUUUGUGAUGCCACUAAACUCAUCUGUAUGUAGAGUGUCUGUGAAACUGACAGAUCACUGAUUGGCUGAAGAGAUAGGGCUCUCCGUAUUUGAAAAAGCUGUAUUCUCACUUGCUAUGAGGGAUCGGAGACAACAGCAGACAUGGCUUUGUUUUCUGAGGGAUAAAGCAGACAGUUUCGUAACGUGAGCAUUCCUCUGUUGCUGAAGCACUGUGAGACAGCUGCGACAGAGCAGUCUCUCCCCUGGGGGCAGUUCAGGGGAACACAGCUACAGCCUGGAGCAGAGCCUCACUGACCAGGCAAAGGAACAGAGAGCCUCUGUUUUCACAAGCUUUUCCUUCUAAACACUGUGUGUAUCACAUUCACCGUUGAUUAAACAUUUAGUCCCCUAGUAAAGCUCCACCUGAGCCCUUAUGUCCCGAAUGAGGAUACACUCCAUAGGAUUCUCAGCUGGCUGUAGAAUACACUGCUGUAUUUAUCAAGGCUGUGUAAUGCUUACUGUUAGUCACUUAGAAUGUAGCAUCUGCAUCGUGCUACAAAAAUGAGAAAGAGAGACCAUUCACACGCGUCGGUGAAAGGUUCUGCUGUACAACAUGCGCGUCAUUCACACAACAACGUCAUGUGAUGAGUUUAAUUUCACCAACCUGUUUCGUCUUGCGAUGUUGACCUUGUCAGCCAUUGAGGCAUCUAUAGAGUAUGGCACACAGUAGACUGUGUUUUACUCUUGAGUGAUUAAAUGCUGAUCUUGACUUUUCUGCUUCACCUUUUGAUUGUGUAGCGAAAAAAAUGCCAUGUAAUCACUAUAAUGCUUGAUUAGGUGCUUUGGUUAUAUGUAUACCACAAAGCUUUGCCUCAGUUGUGCCAAGAUGAUGAAUGAUAAUGAUAUGCCAGAAAACUAUACAGAGCCUAGUCUAGAAAAUCAAAAGGCCUGCACUCGUUCCAGGUUAAAAGAUUGUAAAAUCGUCACUUUCUUUGGAAGGAGCUACUUGUAUGCAGAGAAAUACAUAUCUAAAACACACACAUAGCUUUGCUUUUUGGACAGGGAUGCUACUAAAUUUGAUUUGUGAAAUCAGAAUGCCGUUUACUUGAUUUUAAAGACAAAGGCUGCAUGUGCUAGACUAAGCUGCUGUAGAAAUACUUCCUGGACAUUUACAGCUGAUUGGGAGAAAAUAAAAAAUGCCUGACGGUUUUCGGAACUUUUCAAGAUUCUGGAGGUGUCGUUAUCACAGUGUUAAGUAAUUUAGUGUAGUGGUGUAGUAUAUGUGGAUUAGUUUGAUAAGACACUAAUUUGGAAGGGCAAACUCCCAUUAUUUGUGAUGAUGUUCUGUGUCUCCAUAAAGAGCGCUAUAAAAGCAAAAUCAUAUAAUUUGAUCAGGUAUGCAUACUGUGUAUGAGUGGGGCAACAAAGCGUGGAUUCAUUUUUCUUGCAAAGGGGUAAUAAAUGACUCUCAAUCAAAAUAUAUUAUCCCAAAUUAACACUUAUCUGAAUCACUAAUAGGCUGUUAGGCUGCAGCAUACUGAAGGAUGCAUCAAAAGAAAAGGAAAAAAAAAACAAUGGCAAUUAGGGACAUAGUUCAGAUAAUCACCAUGUUGAACUAAGGUGGUGAAAAACACCCAUGCCUUAAUGUAAAGUUUUUGUGACAGUGAAUGUGGAUUUCAUCAAUGUACUGCAAUUGUGUGAGAAAUGUCACUGGCACCUGACUACAUUCUGUGUAUGGCCACUGUACUCUACGUAUACUCUGUUAUACCGUGCUUGUGCAAAUGUGCAUCAGAUAGCAUUGGAAGAUUGCUUGAUUUUCUUUUGUGGCCACUGUCACGUGGGCCAGAUGGAGAAUUAGAAUGUGCUUUGAAUGUAAGAUGAGAUCGUAUGCCUUUCACAACAAGACAGACUCUUUGACCUCCCUCAUGAUCCACUCUCUCAGAUUUAUGCAGGGAAAGCCAAUAAUUUGUACUCCACUUUUUUGAAACUCUGAUUUCUAUCCAUGAAAUGGGUAAUUAAAGAUGAAUCCAAGCUUUAAAAUCAGCUAAAAACAAGAAUAUGGCCACUGUCAGACUCAGAUGGUAUUGGCAGGACACUGAGCAUUAAAAAACUCUAGUUUUAUAUGUAAAUAUUUCAGGAUACAAAAUAACAUUAGCUGAUAAUGUGCACUAUGCAUCAAGAUAGAUUCACUGUAGGAAAAAAAGCACGCUGUGAGAAUAUUUUACCUGCUUGGGUUAGCAAACAUCAGGUGAUUAAAAAAUGUAAAACAAUUUACUGAGGGAACAUUUCCGUGUCCUCUGAGCUUUUGAAGCCCUUUUCCAUGUGUUAGGUGCUAACACCACGGCUGCAGAAAAGCACAAACCAAAGGGAGCUUGUUGCAGCACCAGGAGAAAGUACAACAAAGUACUUGGCUGCACAAUCACAAUAGCAUAGUCGCCUGAGAAACGCCUUGUGAUGAAAUUACUUAAUACUUCAAACUUGAAUGGAUUAUCUGUGUAUAGAAUUGACAUGAUCUCUUGUCAAUUGCUGAUUUUGUGUUCAUUUUGUUGUUAUUUUUUAAACUGUAUAGUUAAAAAACAGUUGUAAUGUUUGUUUGUAAUGUCUGUGGGGGCUGGUGAAGACUUACAUGUGCUCUGGAUGACAAGUGUAAAUAGUCUUUAUUUAAUACAUUUGGAUCAGCCCACUG